CCGAAACCCUCGCCGCCGCCUGCCUCACCGUCCUCCACCUUCCGCCUCGAAUCCCGCCCUUCCCCACCGGCGAGCCUCUCCCAGCCAGCGUCUGAGACAAGGUUACCUUAAUAAUGGAGUCAGAUCUGCUCAUUAGGCAGGAGAAAGUGGAGGACAAAGGAGACUAUGAUGUUAGCGAGAGGAUGAUGGACAUUCUUUUCUGGGAUGUCAUCGACCCAAAUGAAGCUGUCUUGGAACCCAAUGAAGUUCUGCUGAAGCGGCCUGCAGUGGAAGCACCAAAGUUGAAAAUUGGCAUGAUUUCAUUUAAGCUUAUGGACUAUUGGAGGGCUCCAGAUUCAGACAUCUGCUACGUAUGUGGACAGGACGAUCAUCCUGAGCAGUUUUGCCCUUACAACUACAUUUAUGGGUUGUAUGAUCUAGAUACUUGCAAAGGAGACUGUCUCCCUGGACAACACAUGAUGACUUCCAUGGAUUGUGGAAUUUUUUUGCGGCGUGUCAUACGUGUGAAUAACAUGCCACCGAGCUUCUGUACAUUGAACCUUUUGGAGCUCUUCAAACCGUACGGACCGCUACUGAUGUGCGACGUCCCAAUGGUGAAUCCUGGAGUGUGCAGGGUAUAUGGCGUUGUGAUCUUCAAGGAACGUGGGGAUGGAGAGAAGGCAAUUGACAAGCUCAACGGCUAUCUUGUAGGCAACAAUAAACUGCGAGUUGACUGGGCUUAUCCUCUUGUGCCUAGUGGAAGCAAGAUUUUUCCAUUCAUUAGUAUGAACCCCGCCUGUAGACUGAGGGAGAAACACCAGAUUGUGCCUACCACCGAGACGAUGACAAAGAGGAUUUUCAAAAAGCAGCCUCUGCUCCGAGGGGACGGAAAACAGCGAGCUGCUAGUUUUCUCUUUCCCAAGACUCGGAGAUUCUCCGUCUACUGUAAGACUCGGCGAAGAAAUAGUAUGGAAGAGCAGAAGGGUCUUUUUUAUUAG